AUGGCGUCCUUCUCUCCAACCCUGGCCGCUCUCUUUCUAGCAACACUUUUGGUACUUCCACCGUCGCUGGCGGCGGCGGCCACCUGUACAUCACAGACGUUCACAAACAAUAAACUCUACUCCUUUUGCAACGACCUCCCUGCACUUAACUCCUACCUUCACUGGACCUACGAUCCGGCCCAGUCCACGCUAACCGUCGCCUUCAUAGCCCCUCCUGCCAAGCCCAACGGCUGGAUUUCGUGGGCCAUCAACCCAACCGCUACCGGCAUGAUCGGGUCUCAAGCCCUCAUCGCAUUCAAAGACUCCAAGGGUGCAAUGACCGUUAAGACAUACAACGUUAGUUCCUACGGUCCUGUGACUGAAUCCAAGGUCUGGUACGAGGUUAAGGAAUCUUCUGCGGAGUUCUCCAGCGGGGUUAUGAGGCUUUUCGCCACUAUUGUUCUGCCGAAAAAUUUGAAGAGUACAGUGAACCAUGUCUGGCAGGUGGGCCCUUCGGUGACCGGUGGGGUCCCGGAUAAGCAUGAAUUCCAAACCGGGAAUUUGAAUUCUAAAGGUCGUCUUGAUUUGUUGAGAGGACAGAGCACCGGUGGCUCCGGCGGUGACUCUAGAACCAAGAAAAGGAAUAUCCAUGGGAUUUUGAAUGUUGUGAGCUGGGGUCUUUUGUUUCCAAUCGGGAUCAUCAUCGCAAGGUACUUAAAGGUGUUUCCAUCGACCGAUCCACUAUGGUUUUAUCUCCACGUUUCCUGCCAAAUCUCGGCCUAUGCCAUCGGGGUUGCUGGCUGGGGAACCGGUCUUAAACUCGGAAGUCAGUCGAAGGGUGUUCAGUAUUCUGUCCACCGCAAUAUUGGGAUUGCACUCUUCUCUCUAGCAACCGUGCAGAUAUUUGCAUUAUUAUUGAGACCGAAAAAGGAACACAAGUAUCGGCUUUACUGGAACAUCUACCAUCACGGAAUCGGGUAUGCAAUCGUCGUACUUGGCAUCAUCAAUGUUUUCAAAGGUCUAGAUAUCUUAAAUCCUGAGUCAAAAUGGAAGCAUGCGUAUAUUAUAGCGAUUGCAGUGUUGGGAGGUAUUGCCCUAUUGUUGGAAGCAUUUACUUGGACAGUUGUUUUAAGGCGAAAGAAGUCUAGUACGUCGACCAAACCCUACGGUGGUUUCAAUAAUGGAAUUUGA